AUGACCACUUCAGCCUUGUUCCGUCUUAGCUGUUUCUUGUUCAUUCUUCAAGUACUGAACGUUGGCAUGAUUAGCGCUGCAACUAGCUUCUACCAAUUCGAAGUACAAACAAUGAGACUCACAAGACUAUGCCAGACCAAAGAGAUUGUAACAAUCAACGGGAAAUUCCCUGGCCCUGCAAUAUCCGCUCAAGAAGACGACAGAAUUGUCGUUAAAGUCAUCAACAUGACCCCCUAUAACACCACAAUUCAUUGGCAUGGUAUAAAGCAAAAACUAUCAUGUUGGUAUGAUGGUCCAUCUUAUAUCACACAAUGUCCAAUUCAAAGUGGACAGAGUUUCACAUACGAGUUCACAGUAGCGCAACAAAAGGGAACAUUUUUUUGGCAUGCACACUUUUCUUGGCUAAGGGCUACAGUAUACGGUCCACUUAUUGUAUAUCCUAAAGCUUCUGUUCCUUACCCAUUCAAGAAACCCUUCAGCGAGCAUUCAAUUCUCCUAGGAGAGUAUUGGCUUAAGAACGUGGUAGAGCUGGAACAACAUGUACUGGAGAGUGGAGGACCUCCUCCUCCAGCAGAUGCAUUCACAAUUAAUGGUCAGCCAGGACCUAACUAUAACUGCUCCUCUAAAGAUGUUUAUAAGAUUGAGAUAGUGCCAAGGAAGACAUACCUGCUAAGGCUGAUAAACGCUGGCAUUAACAUGGAGAGCUUCUUCACCAUAGCUAAUCACAGGUUGACCAUAGUGGAAGUAGAUGGCGAGUACACAAAACCUUUCACAACAGAGCGUGUGAUGCUCGUGCCCGGACAGACAAUGAACGUUCUUGUCACAGCUGACCAAGCCAUUGGGAAAUACUCCAUCGCCAUGGGUCCGUACGAGUCUGCCAAGAAUGUCAAGUUUCAAAACACAUCAGCGAUAGCUUAUUUCCAUUACUUUGGUGCAUUGCCCAACAGUGUAGCGUUACCAGCUAAGUUACCUGUUUACAACGAUAAUGUUGCUGUUAAGACUGUCAUGGAUGGGCUCAGAAGUCUAAACACAGUCGAUGUUCCAAAAGAUAUCGAUGCUCGUCUCUUUAUCACAAUUGGGAUAAAUGUAAACAAGUGUAACUCUGAGAACCCAAACAACAAGUGCCAAGGCCCCAGCAAAGGGAGAUUAGCAGCAUCGAUGAACAACAUCAGCUUCGUCGAGCCUAAAGUCUCAAUCUUGGAAGCUUACUACAAGAAACUGGAAGGAUACUUCACUUUAGAUUUCCCAACCUCGCCGGAAAAGGCCUAUGACUUUGUCAAUGGAGCACCCAAUGACAUAGCCAAUGACACGCAAGCUGCAAAUGGGACAAGAGCAAUAGUUCUAGAGUAUGGGAGCAGGAUACAAAUCAUCUUCCAGAAUACAGGCACACUCACAACUGAGAACCAUCCAAUUCAUCUUCAUGGACACAGCUUCUACGUCAUUGGCUAUGGCACAGGGAACUAUGAUCAACGAACAGCAAGAUUCAACCUGGAAGAUCCUCCUUACUUGAACACCAUUGGAGUUCCAGUAGGAGGAUGGGCUGCAAUUCGGUUUGUUGCCAACAAUCCAGGGCUCUGGUUAUUGCAUUGCCAUUUCGACAUCCAUCAAACAUGGGGAAUGAGCACGAUGAUCAUAGUGAAAAAUGGCAAGACGGUGCAAGAGAGCCUACCUCAUCCUCCUGCAGAUCUUCCAAAGUGCUAG